CUUUCAAAAUCUGAGUUGUUUUUGUCAAGUGGUCUUCUUUCCGCUGGGAUCUCAUUGGUAGAAUAAUUUGUUAGUGUUUGAACUGAUUAAGUUUUGAUUUCACUUAUGAAGUGAGCUUCAUAAAUAUUUAUCACUUCAUUUCCGCAUAUGCUGUAGGACGAAGCACAGCACAGUGUUAAAUAUUUUAAAGCCACGGCAGACAUUUUUAAAAGGCUAAGUUGUGAAGUUGUGCUUUUAUUUUGCUUACAGCUGAAACUCGGGGAAAAUUAAUUAGAAAGGUCAAAGUGACACCUAGACUCUAUGGCAGAUUCUCCCUUUACACCAAGUUCAAAACGUCGAGAUAUGUACAAGAAGACAACUCCAUCCUGGAAAGAUGCCUAUAGAAAGAGAUGCUUUGACAGGCUGCGAGGGAGCAGGGAGAGUCUCCUCCAGAGGUUCAGAGGUACCUCGCCUGGUUCUUCACCGUCUACCGCAAGCCCGUCGUCUAGAAUCGGGAGUAGUCCCGGCAGUCCCAGUCUGAUGGUCACACGGGUCAUGGAGGAGGAAUGGAGGCUCCUGACAAGGGAGGAUCCAUCUUUUGCACUCAUAGAAGAUGAAUUGGACCUGAGGGAGGAGCUCCAAGAAGAACUCAUGAAAGAAGAAAUGAGCAUCAUAUCCGAGUACGAAACUAGCCUGAGGUUGGAGGAAGAACAGUUACAAGAUACUGUCAACCAUUUCACUGAAGGCUCAGUCGUAUGCCCUCUCUGCCAAAGAAACUGGUUGCUCAUGAAUAAGGGUAUCGUCUUCUGUUCCUGUGGGUUGAGAAUUGACACAGCUCAAGAUGGUCUGAAUCUCGAGAACAUUGGUCAGACUCUUGAGCUAGGGGUCAGUCAACACAGCACCCUCUGUCCAGUAACGCCUGUCUUUGCUCUGUUGGAACUGGAGAGACUACAGAACCUUGUCAUGUCAUGUGAGACAUGCGGAUUCCUGCAUAUUGUAAUAUAGCAUAGCAUCCUGGCGAGAGGGAUGGACAAGACAACUGUCUGCAGCUAGUAUUACAUCUGCUGAGAGCCAGAAGGGCAUUGAAUGGGAUCAUUUAAUACAGCCUUAAAGGUAUAGACCAGUUUUGAAAACGCCCCCUCUCAAAAAUGAAAUGGAAGUUCCUAUUACAAAUCAUGUGAAAGAAUAUGUUUCGACUAAUAC